CCCUUGUGGAGCGUCCUGUCCAGGCUGACUGUCACUGGGGGAAAAUGGCCGCUCGACGUGAUUCUAUUCACCGACACUGAGAACUCUAAAGUACAGAAAACUCUACAGUCUGAUCUGGAACUAUUGAAACAAACCCAACCUCAACACGGGGGGAGUUUUUAAAUGAAUAAUGUCUCGCUGGGUGCCUACGAAGAAGGAGAAGUACGGAGUUGCAAUCUACAAUUACGAUGUCCGUGGAGACGAGGAGCUGUCGCUACAGAUUGGAGACACAGUCCACAUACUAGAGACAUAUGAAGGCUGGUACAGAGGUCACAGGCUGAGGAGGAAGUCCAAGAAAUUCCAGGGGAUCUUUCCUGCCUGUUACAUUCACCUCAAGGAGGCCACCGUUGAAGGCAAUGGGCACAAGGAGACGGUGAUUCCCAACGAGCUGCCUCUGGUCCAGGAGGUCACCACCACCCUGCGGGAGUGGGCUUCCAUAUGGAGAGACCUCUACGUGGUGAGUGGAGGGGACAGGCGUGAGAUGUUUAACUCUGUCAGGGACAUGAUCUAUGACCUGAUCGAGUGGCGAUCUCAGAUCCUGUCGGGGACGCUCCCACAAGACGAGCUGACUGAGCUUAAACAGAGAGUCACCUCUAAGAUCGACUACGGGAACAAGUACCUGGAUCUAGACCUCGUGGUGAGAGAUAAAGAUGGCAACAUCUUGGACCCCGACUCUACCAGCACCGUCUCUCUCUUCAGAGCCCAUGAAGCUGCUUCCAAACAGAUCGAGGACAGGAUCCAAGAGGAGAAGUCUCAGAAACAGAAUGUAGAUCUGAGCAGGCAGGCCAAGUUCGCCCAGACACCGUCCUUCGCUCUCUUCGUCACCCUGAAGAACGUGGUGUGUAAGAUCGGAGAAGAUGCAGAGGUCCUCAUGUCCCUCUACGACCCUGUUGAGUCAAAGUUCAUCAGUGAGAAUUACCUGGUGCGAUGGUCCAGUCAAGGCCUGGUGAAAGAUAUAGACCAGCUACAUAACCUGAGAUCAGUCUUCACUGACCUUGGCAGUGAGGAUUUAAAGAGAGAGAAGAUCAGCUUUGUGUGCCAGAUCGUUAGAGUCGGACGGAUGGAGCUACGUGACAACAACACCAAGAAGCUGACCUCUGGGCUGAGGAGACCCUUUGGAGUGGCAGUAAUGGAUGUGACUGACAUCAUAACAGGCAAGAUGGAUGAUGAGGACAAGCAGCAUUUCAUCCCCUUCCAGCCGGUGGCGGGGGAGAGCGACUUUCUCCAGACCGUCAUCAACAAGGUCAUCGCCGCCAAGGAGGUCAACCACAAGGGACAAGGUCUGUGGGUGACUCUGAAACUGCUUCCGGGUGAUAUCCAUCAGAUCAGGAAGGACUUCCCUCACCUGGUUGACCGUUCCACAGCCGUAGCCCGCAAGAUGGGCUUCCCGGAGAUCAUCAUGCCAGGUGACGUGCGUAACGAUAUCUACGUAACCCUGGUUCAGGGAGAGUUUGAUAAAGGCAGCAAGUCCACCCCCAAGAAUGUCGAGGUCACCAUGACAGUCUACGACGAGGACGGAAAGAAACUGGAGAACGUGAUGUUCCCUGGUGCUGGAGACGAGGGCAUCUUGGAGUACAAGUCUGUCAUCUACUACCAGAUAAAACAGCCACGCUGGUUUGAAACCAUCAAGGUUGCCAUCCCUAUUGAAGACGUGAACCGAAGUCACCUGCGAUUCACCUUCCGUCACCGAUCAUCUCAAGAAUCCAAAGACAAAUCGGAGAAGAUAUUCGCCCUGUCGUUUGUGAAGCUGAUGAGGUACGAUGGGACGACCCUGAGGGACGGAGAGCACGAUCUCAUCGUAUACAAGGCAGAGGCUAAGAAGCUGGAGGACUCGUCUCUGUACCUGAACCUGCCUGCUACCAAGGUGGAGCUGGAGGAGAAGGGUUUGUCCACUACGGGGAAGGGUACACACAACCUGGGCAACUGUACCAUCAGCAAGGACUCCUUCCAGAUAGCAACCCUGGUGUGUUCCACCAAGCUCACACAGAACGUGGAUCUGUUGGGCCUGCUGAAGUGGCGCUCCAACACCAGCCUCCUACAGCAGAACCUCCGACAGCUGAUGAAGGUCGAGGGAGGAGAGGUCGUCAAGUUUCUGCAGGACACCCUUGAUGCCCUGUUUAACAUUAUGAUGGAGAACUCAGACAGUGACACGUUUGACACCCUGGUGUUUGAUUCCUUGGUAUUCAUAAUUGGACUCAUUGCAGACAGAAAGUUUCAGCACUUUAACCCCGUCCUUGAGACCUACAUAAGGAAGCAUUUCAGUGCUACUCUGGCGUACACGAAGCUGACCAAGGUUCUGAAGAACUAUGUGGAGAAUGCAGAGAAGCUGACGGAACAGCUGCUGAAGGCCAUGAAAGCUCUGGAGUACAUAUUCAAGUUUAUAGUGCGUUCCAGGGUCCUCUUCAACCAACUGUAUGAGAACAAAGGAGAAGCAGACUUCAUGGAGUCCUUGAGGAAUCUCUUCACUUCCUUCAAUGACAUGAUGAACAUCAACUCUGAGAACACAGGCAUGGUGAAGGGUGCAGCGCUGAGAUAUGUCCCCACCAUCGUGAACGACGUCAAACUGGUCUUCGAUCCCAAGGAGCUCAGUAAACUGUUCACAGAGUUCAUUCUGAAGGUUCCUCUGGGUCGUCUGGUCAAACAGAAGCUGAACUGCCUCAUCGACAUCGUCCACAGUGAUCUCUUCACACAGCAUGACUGUCGGGAGAUCCUGCUUCCUCUGAUGACAGAACAGCUGAAGUUUCAUCUAGAGAACCAGGAGGAACUGGAGGCCUGCUGUCAGCUGCUGAGUAACAUACUAGAGGUCCUCUACAGGAAGGAUGUGGGUCCUACUCAGUGGCAUGUCCAGAUCAUCAUGGAGAAGCUCCUGAGGACCGUCAACAGAACAGUCAUCUCCAUGGGCAGAGACUCUCCUCUCAUUGGCAGCUUCGUGGCCAGCAUGACCGCUACUCUGAGACAAAUGGACGACUACCACUACACUCACCUGAUCAACACCUUCGGCAAGAUGAGGACCGACGUCGUGGAUUUCCUGAUGGAAACAUUCAUCAUGUUCAAGGACCUCAUUGGGAAGAAUGUCUACCCUGGCGACUGGGUCAUCAUGAACAUGAUGCAGAAUAAAGUGUUCCUGAGGGCCAUUAAUCAGUAUGCAGCCGUGUUAAACAAGAAGUUCCUGGAUCAGACCAACUUUGAGCUUCAGCUGUGGAACAACUACUUCCACCUCGCCGUGGCGUAUCUUACCCAGGAGUCCUUGCAGCUUGAGAACUUCUCCAGCGACAAACGAUCCAAGAUCUUCCAGAAGUACCAGGACAUGAGGAGACAGAUCGGCUUUGAGAUCAGAGACAUGUGGUAUAAUCUAGGUCCACACAAGAUCAAGUUCAUCCCAGAGAUGGUGGGUCCCAUCCUAGAGAUGACUCUGGUCCCAGAGAUAGAGCUGAGGAAAGCUACCAUCCCCAUCUUCUUCGACAUGAUGCAGUGUGAAUUCCACUUCACAUGCAGCUUCCAACGGUUUGAGAAUGAGAUCAUCACCAAACUGGAUCACGAGGUGGAGGGGGGCAGAGGAGACGAGCAGUACAAAGUCCUCUUCCACAAGAUUCUGUUGGAACACUGCAGGAAACACAAGUACCUGUCUAAGAGUGGGGAGAGCUUUGUGAACCUGGUGGUUCGUCUGUUGGAGAGGCUCCUGGACUACAGGACCAUCAUGCACGAUGAGAACAAGGAGAACCGGAUGAGCUGCACCGUCAACGUGCUGAACUUCUACAAGGAGAUAGAGAGAGAGGAGAUGUACAUCAGGUACCUGUACAAGCUGUGUGACCUCCACAAGGAGUGUGACAACUACACUGAAGCUGCCUACACACUGCUGCUGCACGCUAAGCUGCUGAAGUGGUCUGAGGAGCCGUGUGCAGCUCACCUGACCCAGAGAGACGGCUACCAGGCCUCCACACAAGGACAACUCAAGGACCAGCUCUACCAGGAGAUCAUCAACUUCUUCGACAAGGGCAAGAUGUGGGAGGAAGCCAUCGUACUAGGAAAGGAGCUGGCAGACCAGUAUGAGAAUGAGAUGUUUGACUUUGAGCAGCUCAGUGCCUCCUUGAGGAAGCAGGCUCAGUUCUACGAGAACAUUGUGAAGGUGAUCCGACCCAAGCCAGACUACUUUGCUGUGGGAUACUACGGAGUGGGCUUCCCUUCCUUCCUCAGGAACAAGAUGUUCAUCUAUAGGGGGAAGGAGUACGAGAGGAGAGAGGACUUUGAGGCCAGACUGCUCACCCAGUUUCCCAACGCGGACAAGAUGAAGACGACCACGCCGCCCGGCGAGGACAUCAAGACCUCUUCCUCACAGUGCAUCCAGUGUUUCACCGUCAAGCCUGUUCUAGAACUCCCUUCAAAGUUCCAGAACAAACCCGUCUCUGAGCAGAUCGUCAGCUUUUACAUGAUAAAUGAAGUGUACCAGUUUCAGUACUCCAGACCGGUGAGGAAGGGAGAGAAGGACCCAGACAACGAGUUCUCGAACAUGUGGAUCGAGCGAACCACUUACACCACGGCCUACAAACUGCCUGGGAUCCUGAGAUGGUUCGACGUCAGGUCUGUCUCCACGGAGGAGAUCAGCCCAUUGGAGAAUGCCAUGGAGACGAUGCAACUGACCAAUGAGAAGAUCAGCAACAUGGUGCAGCGUCACCUGAACGACUCCAACCUUCCCAUCAACCCCCUCUCCAUGCUGCUCAACGGCAUCGUGGACCCCGCUGUCAUGGGCGGUUUCACCAACUACGAGAAGGCAUUCUUCACAGAGAAGUAUCAGGGGGAUCACCCUGAGGACCAGGAGAAACUGGACAAACUGAAAGACCUGAUCGCAUGGCAGAUCCCUUACCUAGCUGAUGGAGUUCGUAUCCAUGGAGAGAAAGUGACUGAGGCUCUGAGGCCUUUCCAUGACCGCCUGGAGGCCUGCUUCAAACAGCUCAGAGAGAAAGUGGAGAAACAGUACGGAGUCAAGACACUGCCUGCGGUGGAUGACAGACGUGGGACCCGUCCUCGCUCAAUGCUGCGUUCCUUCACCAUGCCCUCACAACAGAGACCACUCUCUGUGGCUUCAGUCAACUCCAUCUCCUCUGACAACUCCCCCUCCAGACCUGGCUCAGACGGCUUUGCCCUAGAGCCUCUCCUGCCAAAGAAGUUGCACUGCAAGUCCCAGGACAAGCUGGAGCGCGACGAGUCGGAGAGGGAGAGGAAGGACAAGAAGAAAGAGAAGAGGAACAGUAAACACCAGGAGAUCUUUGACAAGGAGCUGAAGACCACCGACAUCUCUCUGCAGCCCGCCGAGGCAGUCAUACUGUCAGAGACGAUCAGCCCACUGAGGCCUCAGAGACCAAAGAGUCAGGUGUUGAACCUGUUGAGUGGAGACCGCCGUCUCUCUGUGUCCCCCGGACCCCCCCAGCCCCAUUCCUCCCCGGGCCCCCCACCCAUCACCCCCAGGAACAAACUGUCCUUCAGCCUGCUCACCGUCUCCAGUCUGGAGCUGAACGGGAUGGGGGUUGAUAAAGGAGAGACUCCUCCUCCCCUGCCCGUGAAGGGCAUCUCUGCUGAUUAUGGGAACCUGCUAGGAGAUAAUGAAGACUUGACGAGUCCCUCCACCCCUCCCCUGACACACCAUCAAAGGCAUUUGCCACCUCCUCUUCCCAGCAAGACCCCUCCUCCUCCUCCCCCUAAGACCACCAGGAAACAAGCCUCCAUCGAUUCAGGAAUUGUACAAUAAACAAUGACAUUAAGACACCCGAUUUAAAACACACAAGGUUCUUUCCCCUCUGCAAUCUAUUCCCCAUAUAGUGCACUACUUUUGGCCACGGCCGAUAGGGCUCUGGUUAAAAGUAGUGCACUACGUAGGGAAUAGGGUGCCAUUUUGUGGCAGAGCCUCAUUGAUCCUUUUCAAUUUUUGCCUCAAGUGUGAUGAUGCGGUCUACUUUACCAUAGGUUAGAUAGGUGAAUCAGUUUCACAUGAUUACUGGUCACUGAAUUUAUUGACGCUAUCUACCAUCUAGGACUCCAUUCUCCACGUGAUACCAGUUCAGGCCUUUGUAAUGCUAUGAGAUGGUGUUCCACCUAUAGAACCUUUAGAGUGUGAGUGAAAUGAAUAUAGAAUCAGAACCAGGUGAAUGAAGCGUUCUCUGGUUCUGUCUUUGACCAAUAGACAGGCUGGUGAGUGACGACCAACAUUCUGACCCCUCCCACCUGCCCUUAGGAGCUGGGAGCACAUAGUAACAGGAAACCAUGCUUUUUAUUCUGUGGUUUAUCUUUUGUAUCCAUAGUUACAGAAAACAUCCAUUUUUAUUCUGUGGUUUAUCUUUUUCUAUCCAUAUUCCCGCUUUGUACAGAGGUUUGUAUAUAGGAUUUUAUUUUCAUUUCAUUUUUUUUUUUAGGUGGAAUUUAUCAUGACUUUUAUUUUGUAUUAACAUUGCAUUAGAUUAACAGGUUUGCAUUUAUAUCCCCCCCCCCCUCCACCAAAAAAAAAAGAAUACAAAAAAAAAAGUUUUUUAAAGUUUUGAAAUGACAGGGACUAUAAAGAAUUGGUAUGUGAGAAUCUGCCUAUCGUUGAUUUUCUGGGUAAGGUUUGUGUUUUCUUUGCAGUGAACACAACUAACUCCCUCCUCCUCCAUCAUACAUCGUUAUUGUAUAGGAUUUUACCGUUGACUGUUUCCAAUUCACUACUGACUUCUGAAUAAACUUUCUCAACUGGA